UUACACAUUUUAAGUGUUGUGAAAUUGCCGGCUUAGCAAAAUAUAUCAAAUUUAAAAAAAAAAAACUUUUAAGAAAAAUCUUAAUUAUCAGUGAAAAACGAAAACUCAAAGUAUUCGAAUAUUCGAAAACUCAAAAAAUUCGUAAAAAAUAUUGAAAUUAAACUAAUUAUUUAAAUUUGUAAUAUUUUUCCCGAUUUACCUUGCAAACUUGAGAAAAUCUGUAAAAAUUAUGAUGGAUGAUGACGGAACAUCAAACCGCUUCAAAGUUUUGAACGAAUAUUGCCUGCGAGACAUUUUAAAGUUCUUCCAUCCACACGAACUUUUGCUGCUUCUAGAAGUUCCUCAUCUGGGCACUGUGGUAAACGACUUGCGAAAAAAAUAUCCCGACUUUCAAUUUCUUCAUGAAAUUGACGACGUCAAAUGGGAUAUGGAAAAUUUCCGAGAUGCUUUAACGUUUAUGGGACCAAAUUUAAAGUCGGUUACAUUGGAUUCGGAAAGACUUUUUGACAUGUCACUCGCUGUAAUUUUCUUUCUUUUGGAUCAACUCUGCCCGAAAUUGGAGUCCUUAGAAUUGAGGGGUUUUUCAAUUGAAUUUAAGCAAACCAGUUUUGAAUUUUCCCGCAUGACAAAACGCUUGAGAAGCAUUUCAUUGAUUGGUGGCGUAUAUCGUGACAAUAUAGGCAGAUGUUUGGGCAGUUCGAGCCAACUUGAAGACUUGUCGAUGAAAGAUUGCAUAAAAUACGACGAGUUUCUCACCCAUUUUCGAAAUUUGAAGUCGAUAAGUUUAGUUCGAAUUGAUUAUCUUCAAAGCGAAGAUUUUAUAGAGAUAUUGGAGCAAAACUUGACACUAAAAAAAAUUGAAUGUAUUCAAAAAAAGUGCAUUGAUGAUGACGUUAUAAACUUCAUCGUAGCAAAAUUGAAAAAUGUUGAAGAUUUGAGAUUUCAAGUAGACUCAGACAUUAAGAUCAAUCUUCUUGGCAAAUUACCAAACUUAAAAAAAUUAUAUCUUGAUUUCCAUCCGUCACGUAGGCAAUCAACAAAAAUGUUGUCUUUGUUAGAGAAAUUAAGGGACAAAAACAACAUUGAGGAGUUGCAUUUGUUAAACUUUGAUUUGUCAGAACAUAUAGAUUCGUUAUCAGAGUUGACAACUUUGAAGAUUUUAGAGAUAAAUUACGAUUUGCCAUACAGUGAAAUGAAAAAAUUACAAAAUUUACAUCGAUUAGAAUGUGUUGCUUUUAACAAUGCAGAGUUUUCAUCCAGUGCACUUUUGGAAUUUAUGACGAAUAUGAAAAAUUUAAAAAAAAUCAAUAUUCCAUCAUUUCACAUUCACGAAAAUUUUGCAUUUCUCGAUAGACUCAUGGCGCGCCUUGAAGCAUUUAAACGCCCAAAGAAGCUUGAAAUUGGAACAUAUUUUUAUGAAGAAUUGAUUACCCAGCCAGAGUUCCGGCAAUUGUUAGAUGAAAAUCGUCAUAUUUUGUCUUUUCAUAAAAUUGAAGCAGAUAUUUAAAAUUAAAUGAAAAAAUAUUUAUAAUAAAUAGUUUUUAAAUCUGCAGUUUUUUUAUUAAAAAAUUCUUAUUGCACAACAUAAAUUUAAUUUUUUUUUUAAUAAUUUUCAUUUUUUGUAAUUUUUGCAUUGAAAAUAGUAUUUUAAUGAGUUUUCUCCUCCUUUUUUUAAUCAAGUUUAACAUAAAAACGAUUUAAAACAAUUAAAUAAAAAAAAAUUAAUUUAAAAAAUUUUAAAUAAAUUACUGCUAAUGUACCUAAAUUAAUUUUUGUUAAAUAAUAUUUUGUUUUUAAUUUUUAACCUCAAAUCACAAAGAAGAUAAAAUUAUAGAAAAAAUAUAAAUUAUUAAAAUUUUAAAAAAUUAAAAAAAAAUAUUUAAGGCCGCUCCAAAUGAAAAUCAAAAAUAAAGUCCGAUGCCCCAUUUAAAAAGUCAAAAAUCCAAUAGGGCAAAAUAAAAAAAAAGUUAAAAAUUUCAUCAAAAUUGAUCGUUUUUUGUUGUUUUUUUAUAAUUUUUCAAGACAUUUU